CAGUUUAGCAAAUCAGUUCCAUCAUAAUCUAUCAGAACAAAAAAAAAACAAAACACUCCAGCGAUGCAAAUAAAUUUCAUUAAUGGACCAUUGUUCCAGUUCUGUUUCCUAUAGCUGCACUAUAACUCAAGUAAAUCCAGAAUUCGGGAUUUUAACAGUGUGCUAUUGCUGCUUUUGCUAAUGUAAAACAUUUCCAAAGCACCACACAUAUUUAGUGCAGACUGGACCCAUGUGAGGGGAGUGUGGUCCUGCACACUGUUAGCAUGGCUCUACUAGGUGGCGUCUCCCGACGCUGGGAUUAGCUGUCUUCUCUUUCAGCACUCCCUGAAUUCCAUUCCGCCUUUUACUUUUUCGGCAGUGCUCCCUCUCUCUGCACAGGACUUCCCAGUGACUUUGCAACACAGCAUUCAGCCUACAACAAGUCCCAAGUUUCGGAGCGCAACGGGAGGAGAAGGAGAAGCAAGUUUGGAGCCCUCCUUUGGACUCGAGAUUUGUGCGUUCCGACUGAGACAAACACAAGUGCGUAAAGGGAUCCGUGUUACCUGUGGAUGAAGUCCCACCGGGUGCGGGACGCAGAGGAGCAGUCGGGUUUCUUCACAGAGAAGAAAAGUCGGGAAGAGGUGCACCGCUCCGGUGGCCAGGAGGAGUGAGGGACCUCGGGUUUUUUUCUUCCUUUUUUCCCCAGCAAUCGCAGCCUGUGCUGUGUUGGUGGAAAAUGGGCACUAUGACCACAGCGACCUGUGGACUUAUCCUCUCCUUGUUACUCACAUGCCAGCUGGUUACUGUGACUCAGGCCUCCAAGGUGUGGGGAGAGGUCCCUCUGCCAGAAGACUUGGAGGCAGAAAAAGAUGUCCGGGCAUCUCAAAGUUUACUGGAUGAUGACGAAGACUUUGCUGCUGAUGAAGCUUCAGGAGAGCUGCCCAGUGGAGAGGAUGAUGGAAGCACACCAUGGCCUCCAUCUGAGAGCACAAUUUAUUACAGAGCCCUCGUCAACUUCACUGACUCCCUGGUGUAUGGCCCUGAACUCGAGGACAUCUUCUCUCCCGCCUUUAAUGAGAUUUCUGAAGCAGUGGUGGACACGCUGGAGUCAGAGUAUAACAGGAUUCCAGGUGUCCAGACGGUCAGCGUGGUCCUCAUUAAGAAGAUGAUCAGAGAGGAUGGCGUUGAUGUAUUUGUGGAACUGGACGUGGGUUCUGACUACAACACCAAUGACGAACAGAUCCGCAGCGUACUGUACAACGUGGUGAAGGAGGGAGCCAUCGCUUCCUACGUCACAUCAGUCCAGGGCUUUCAGUUCAGACGACUUGGAGAAGCUCAACCUCUGCCUGCAGUGGAACCUAUAGCGGUGCCAGUAACCCCCAGUAUAAGACCAUGCAUGGCAGAUGAGCACAGGUGUGGUGAUGGGACAUGUAUCCUGAUGGAAUACCUAUGUGACAACAGACCAGACUGCAGAGACAUGAGUGAUGAGAUCAAUUGUGAAACAAAACGGCCAGCCGCUCCAGUUACGACAACACCUGCCACCACAACCACCACUGUCAAGAAGCCGCCGCGUCCCCCCGGCCCGCCUGGACCCUGCAGAGCUGAUCAGGCCACGUGCCAGAGUGGAGAGUGUAUUCCUCGGGACUAUGUCUGUGAUGGAGAGAGGGACUGUUCAGACGGAAGCGAUGAGUUCAGAUGUGGUACUCCGUCUCCCUGUGAACCCAAUGAGUUCAAGUGUAAAAAUGGCCGCUGUGCCCUCAAGCUUUGGCGUUGUGAUGGCGACAAUGACUGUGAGGAUAACUCAGAUGAAACAGACUGUCCCACCAAGGGUCCUGGUGACAGGUGUGCUCCUGAGCAGUUUGAAUGCCUGAGCGAUCGCACCUGCAUCCCAGCCAGUUACCAGUGUGAUGAAGAGCCAGACUGCCCUGAUCGCUCUGAUGAGUACGGCUGCACCCCUCCUUCUGUAACGAGCCCACCAGAAGAAUCCAUUCAGGCAGCACGAGGGGCCACGGUGACGUUUACUUGUCAAGCUGUUGGAGUUCCAACACCAAUCAUCACCUGGAGACUCAACUGGGGACACAUUCCGGUCAGCAGCAGAAUCUCUAUGACCAACGAGAACGGCCGUGGCACCCUCACUAUUCGUGAUGUGAAGGAGUCGGAUCAGGGGGCGUACACCUGUGAGGCCAUUAACGCUAAAGGCCUGGUGUUCGGCAUCCCCGAUGGAGUGUUAACCCUCACAUCAAACCCAAAUCCAGGCAACUGUCCCAAUGGUCACUUCAGUGUAAAUGGCCGCUGCGUGUCCUGCUUCUGUGCUGGAAUCAACAAAAAUUGCAAGAGCACUGGACGCUACCGCAACCAGAUCAGCCUGCGCUUCACUGAGGAGGAAGACUUCAAAGGAGUGAACGUCACCUACCCCUCCAGGCCUGGCACUCCUCCUCUGUCCUCCACUCAGCUCCUUAUUAACCCAGAGAUGGAAGAGUUCCAGCUCGUCGACCUCUCGCGUCGUUUCCUCAACCUCGACUCCUUCUGGACCUUGCCUCGCCAGUUCCUGGGCAACAAAAUUGAUUCCUAUGGAGGAUCGCUGAAGUUCAAGGUGCGGUACACACUGGCUCGCGGUCUGUCUGAGCCUGUGGAGAAACCCAAUGUGAUGCUGGUUGGAAACGGACGCAGGCUUGUGUACCGCAGAGGCAGCGGCACCCCUCCCAGUGUGGUCAACCAGAAAGAGAUCCAAUUCACUGAAGACAACUGGCAGCACUCCAAUGGUCGUCCUGUGAGCCGGGAGGAGCUGAUGAUGACUUUGGCCAACCUGGACAGCAUCAGCAUCCGCACCAUCUACGACAACCACAUGGUCAGCGUGGCACUCAGUGACAUCGUCAUGGAUACCACCACUGUGGAGUUUAGCAUUCUGGGUCAUGCCAAGGACGUUGAAGAGUGCAGAUGUCCCCCUGGAUAUAUGGGCCUGUCUUGUGAGAUGUGUUCCUCUGGUUUCGAGCGGGUCCCUGGUGGCUCGUACCUUGGCACCUGCGCUGGUUGUAACUGUAAUGGACAUGCCACUGCCUGCGAUCCAAUCAGUGGACACUGUCUGAGCUGCCAGCACAACACAGAGGGCCCUCAGUGUGACAAGUGUCGCCCCGGCUACUUUGGUGACCCAAGCCGAGGUCGCACCGAUGACUGCAAGCCCUGCCCCUGCCCGUACUCUGAGACCUCACGUCGGUUCUCCGACACCUGCUUCCUCAACAUUGACCAGCAGCCAACAUGUGAUGCCUGCAAGCCCGGCUACACAGGAAGACGCUGUGAAAAGUGUGCUCCUGGUUACCAGGGUAACCCCCUUCUGCCCAAUGGAAAAUGCGUUCCUAACCAAAACUCAAAGUGUGAUAACAGAGGAACUGUCAGCUCAAGCAGUCGGCCGUGCAGCUGCAAGAACAACGUGGCAGGCGCUUUGUGCGAUGAGUGUAAGGCCGGGUUCUUCCACCUAUCAGAGGCCAACCCUGAAGGCUGUCUGCGUUGCUUCUGCAUGGGCGUCACCAAACAGUGCGCCAGCUCCACUUGGAACAGAGAACAGGUGCGAGGAGGAGUGAACGGGCAGCUCUUCUCCCUCUCCAACGCCGCCAACACUAAAACUAUCUCUGAAGGCAUCUCCCAGAGGGGCUCCUCUGAAGUUGUCUACCGCUCCUUCUCAAGUGUCCCCAACGACGUCUACUACUGGGUCCUGCCUGAGAGCUUCAGAGGAGAUAAGGUGACGGCAUAUGGAGGGGAGCUUCGCUACACAGUGAAAUUUCAACCAUACCAGCGCUCACUGGCGAUUGACGGUCAGCCGGAUGUGGUUCUCCAAGGCAAUGGCAUCUUCCUGGAACACUACUCUCAGACCAAGCCUCUCCCACGCGUCCAACACACGGCCACUGUGACCUUCAGAGAGUCCAAAUGGCGCCGUGCUGAUGGGCAGCCGUGUACUCGUGAGCACCUGCUGAUGGCUCUGGCUGACAUUACAGUCUUCAUGAUCAGGGCCACCUAUGCAGACAACAUUGUUGAGAGCAGUAUCUCAGAUAUCAAGAUGGAUGUUGCUGUUCCUCACUCAACUGGGAAUGAACGUGCUCUGGAGGUGGAAGAGUGCGCGUGCCCUCAGGGCUACAGAGGACCAUCAUGCCAGGAAUGUGAUGAGGGUUACACUCGGACCAGCUCUGGCCUUUACCUGGGCACUUGUGAGAGGUGCGAUUGCAAUGGUCAUGCCAGCAGCUGUGACCCGGAGAGCGGCAGGUGUCUGCAAUGUCUCCACAACACUGCUGGCGCAAGAUGCGAACGCUGCCAGACUGGUUUCUAUGGUAACCCUUUAACGGGUGGUGCUCAGGCCUGUCAGUCUUGCCCCUGUCCUGGAACCACUUCCGGCAACCAAUUCUCCUCGUCCUGCUAUCUGGAUUCUGAUGGUCAGCCGACCUGUGACAACUGUCCGCCUGGAUUCACUGGCCGACGCUGUGAAAGAUGUGCCGCAGGAUACACCGGCAACCCAUUGCUUGGGCAGAGAUGUAGCGUUGGCAAUGAACUCAAUGGUAACUGCUAUAACUGUGACCAAAGAGGACAUGAAAGCUGCAAUGGUGGUGUGUGCCAGUGCAAGAUGAACGUUGAAGGCUCAUCUUGCUCGAGCUGUAAACCUGGAACCUUCCAUCUCAGCCAGGAUAACAAAGAUGGCUGCCUGUCCUGUUUCUGUAUGGGUGUCACUCAGCAGUGCUCUAGCUCUGCCCACUAUAGAGAUCUGGUGUCCUCAGUCUUCUCUCCAGGGAACUUUCAGGGUUUCGCUCUGGUGAACCGUCAGCGUACCAAUCGCAUUUCCACUGGUUUUUCUGUGGAGGUUUCCACUGAAGGCACUCAGCUGUCCUACAGCAACUUUGACUACCUGGGACAGGAGCCUCACUACUGGCAACUUCCAGGGGUUUACCAGGGAGACAAGAAAGAUUCUGUCUUUGCUCGUGGGAAACGAGCAGACCAGUACGUUCUGGUCUACAAAGGUUUCAGCUUGCAACAGGAUGAUCUGCUCUACUGGCAGCUCCCAGCGCAGUUCACAGGGGAUAAGGUCGGUUCUUAUGGUGGUAAACUUAAAUACACCAUUUCCUAUGUGACUGGUCCAAGAGGAACACUGCUUGACGAUGCUGAUGUCCAGAUUAUUGGUAAUGACAUCACCUUGGUAGCUCUUCAGCCUUGGACGAGGAGGCAGCAGGGCAGCAGAGAGACCAAACAGUUUGAGAUUGUCUUCAGAGAGGAAAACUGGCGUCGACCUGACGGCAUGCCCGCCACCCGGGAGCACCUGAUGAUGGUUUUGGCUGAUCUUGAUGAUAUCCUGAUUCGAGCAUCUUACUCCAGUGAGAUGCGCUCCUCCAGCAUCUCCGAUAUCAGCAUGGAGGUUUCUGUGCCCAACUACAGCGGCUUGGCUCGGGCCCUGGAGGUGGAGCAGUGCCGCUGCCCUCCUGGAUACCAGGGGCUCUCCUGCCAGGACUGUGCACUUGGAUACACUCGCACUGGAGGAGGCCUGUACUUGGGCCACUGUGAGCUCUGCGAAUGCAACGGCCACUCGGACUCCUGCCACCCUGAGACAGGCAUCUGCUCGAGCUGUCUGCAUAACACGCAGGGGGAGCUCUGUGAGCAGUGUGCCCCCGGCUUCUUCGGCGACCCCACUGUUGGCACUCCAGAGGACUGCCAGCCCUGCGCCUGCCCUCACACUGACCCAGACAACCAGUUCUCCCCAACCUGUGAGAGCCUUGGAAAUGGAGGCUAUCAGUGCACUGCCUGUCAGCCCGGCUACACUGGCCAGUACUGUGAGCGUUGUGCUCCUGGAUAUGUUGGCAACCCACAGGAAAGAGAGAAGUGUCGUCCAAACGAUGUUGCAGCCUCCUUGGUGGUGAAGGUUUACCCAGAGAGGGUCCUAGCGUCACAAGGCGGCCCUGUCACUCUGCGCUGUCAGGUAUCUGGAUCACCUCCACACUACUUCUACUGGUCCAGAGAGGAUGGAAGGCCCAUCGCCAGCAGUGCUGACCGACGCAGACAAGGAGCAGAGCUGUACUUCCCCAACGUCCAGCCAAGUGAUGCUGGUGUUUACGUCUGUACCUGCCGUGACCAGCGCAGCACUAACAGGAGCCGGGCUGAAAUUGUUGUCACAAGUGUCCAGUCCAAAGCCAUUGAGGUAACAGUCGAGGAGCCUAAAGCUCAGACUGUCAGAGUCGGCUCUACUGUCAGCUUCAUCUGUACUGCAAAGAGCAAGUCCCCCGCCUAUACCCUGGUGUGGACCCGGGUGGGUAAUGGGAAACUUCCCAACCGGGCCAUGGACUUUAACGGCAUCCUGACAAUUCAGAACGUCCAACCAGAGGAUGCCGGCGUCUACGUUUGCACAGGCUCCAACAUGUUUGCCAUGGACGAGGGAAAUGCCAUCCUCUACGUGCCAGAGGCCUCACAGACUCAGAUGUUUUACACAGCGUAUGAAAUGUUUGAAGGACACAGAAAGCCUGCAGAGGGGGCCCAGCCUGUGGCCACCAUCAGUCCCUCAGUGCUGAACGUCCAGCAGGGCCAGCGGGCAGAACUUCGCUGCACAGUGACCGGAAACCCAACCCCUGCCAUCGAAUGGAUCGGAGGUCCAGGGAACAGAAUGAGUCCCAGAGCUGUGAUCCGAGGUGGUGUACUGACCUUCACAGCAGUGGACCCGGCUGAUGAGGGAGAGUACACCUGCAAGGCCCUGAACACUCACGGCGAGCACACUGCACGGGUCUCCCUCUUUGUCCAAAAAAAUAACCCAAGCGGCCUCGGCACCCAACCCCAAGUCCAAGUCAGUCCCCAAAAUAUCGAGGUCCAUGAAGGCGACAGCCUGAGGUUGUACUGCAGAGCGUCAGGAUCACCCACCCCGAAGCUCACCUGGCUGAAAAACGGAGGACAGAUCCCUCCUCAGGCCAUUCCCUCUCACGGUUUCCAUCAGUUUAAAAGCAACAGUCUCGAUGUGUUACAGAGACGUAUUGAGGAGCUGCAGGCACGAAUGGACCGAACUGACAUCGGUACUCUGCUCAUCCCCAACAUCAAGAUGUCCGACUCGGGCACGUACAUGUGCGUUGGCAGCAACAGUGUCGGUUCAAAUAGUGCUCCCAUUAAAGUCGGCGUGCUCAAAGCGGACCAUAACACUGCAGCCGUUAGCAUCCAGCCGUCUAUAGCUGACGUCCAGGAGGGCCAGAAUCUGGAGCUCAACUGCUUUGCUCCUGGAAAUCCUCCUCCUCCAGUCACCUGGACGAGAGCCAGCGGACGCCUCUCUUCCAACCACCAGGUUGUGGGCAGUCAGCUGCGUAUCCUGUCAGCCACUCCAGAGGACUCAGGAGAGUACAUCUGUCGAGUGCAGGGCAACCCGGCAGGAUCCCAUAUUCAUCAGUCCUCUGUGUCCGUGUCCGUCACUUCAUCUUCUUCACGCCUACAGAGCCCAAUCAUCGCCAUUGAACCCCACAGUGCUGCAGUGCGUCUGGGGGAGUCGGCCAGCUUCAGAUGCAGGGUGUACAGCGGAGCCCAGCCUGUUCGACUGGAGUGGAAACUGGCCAGCAACCAGCCGCUGCCAGAUAAUGUCAAAGUUGGCCCUGAUGGUUCUGUUAUGACCAUUACUAAGGCUCGCCAAAGCAACCACGGUGCCUACCGUUGUGUGGCCAGCAACCCGUUCGGCAUCACCCACACCAUUGUGUCUUUGAUUGUUAAAGAGACUCCUGUGGCCACCGUCACCCCUGUUGGGCCUCUGCAUGUCAGGGUGGGUGAACCUAUUAACCUGGAGUGCCAAGCAUCAGGAGAGCCUCGCCCCUCAGUCUCAUGGCACAGGCUGGACAACAACCGCAAAACCAUGCUGAGCAGCCCUGUGCCCAUGGAGUCCAACGCAGUCAUGCAGAUUUUAGUAGCACGCCCAGAGGACAGUGGCACAUACGUGUGUGCAGCCCGCAACAAUGAGGGUACUACUGAGACUAAAGUGGAAGUAUUUGUCGAGGGAGGACCCCAAGUUCCUACGGUGCCCAGGGCCUCUGUUCCUGAGCCACUCAUGGUUGUGGUGGAGGGACAGACUGCCACGCUGCGCUGUGACGCCCAUGGUUUCCCCUCUCCAAAGAUCACGUGGUCCAAGCUGCGGUCCCCUCUGCCAUGGAGACACAAGGUGGUGAACAACAGCCUGGUGCUGCCCACUGUUGGUCGGCAAGACUCUGGAGAAUACAUCUGCAGUGCCACUAACAACAUGGGCACCACUGAAGUCACCAUCAUGCUUGAUGUAGAGACUCCUCCUUACGCCACCUCUAUGCCUGAUGAUGUGGCUGUGCGGGUCGGGGAGGUGAUCCGGCUGCAAUGCCUCGCCCACGGCACUCCUCCCUUGACCUACACUUGGACCAAGCUGGAUGGAAACCUGCCUCCAAGAGCUCAGGUUAAUGGAGGGGAUCUCCAGAUCAACCUGGCGACCACGGAGGAUACUGGCAGCUACAAGUGUGUGGCCAGCAACAAAGUGGGCAACAGCGAAGUGGUUGCUAAAGUCAUGGUCAGAUCUCCCUUGGCAGUGCGGGUGUCCCCUCAGGUUGAGGUUAAAGCCCAGGGCAGCGCUGUGGAGUUCACCUGUUCGGCAGCAGGCGGCAUAGAAACCAAGAUUGAGUGGCUGAAGGAAGGAGGAGCCCUGCCACCAAACCACCACGUCAAGGAUGGAGUGCUGAGGAUUGAGAACCUUGAGCAGAACAAUGAAGGUGUUUACAUCUGCAGAGCAAGCAGUGUCUACGGCCAAGCACAGGACACUGCUAGACUGACUAUUCAAGCCCUGCCAAAGGUAAUGAUCAAUGUACGUACCUCAGUGCAGACCGUGAUGAUCGGGAACUCUGUGGAGUUUGAAUGCCAGGCUGUUGGCGACCCAGAGCCCACUGUCAAGUGGAGUAAAGUUGGAGGAUCUCUGCCUGCCCACAUCAUGGUGAAGGGUGGCAUGCUGAAGAUAGAGCAGGUGACGGAGGCCGAUGCCGGGCAGUACCGCUGUACAGCUACCAAUGAUGUAGGCUCAGUGCAGUCUCAGGUGGUCCUUAAUGUCCAGUCUCUUCCUCAAAUUGCGGCACUGCCAGAAACUAAGGAGGUGACGGUCGGCUCUGAUGCAGUUUUGCCCUGCGUGGCUUCUGGAUACCCUGUACCUGAGAUCAAAUGGUCCAAGCUGGAAGGAGAGCUUCCUCCGAAGUGUUUCCAGGAGGUCAACGUGUUGACGGUUCCCCAGGUCACCCAUGAGGAUUCAGGCACAUACGUCUGUACCGCCUCUAACAAACAGGGCAAAGUAGAAGCCUUUACUACACUUGAAGUCCACGAAAGAGUGAUGCCGUACUUUGCUCAGGAACCCGUGUCGUACCUCACCCUGCCCACCAUCAAAAACGCCUACAAAGCUUUCAGCAUUAAGAUCAGCUUCAGACCUGAUAAUGUUGAUGGUCUCAUAUUGUACGCUGGUAUGAUCCUGUACAACGGCCAGAGGAGGGCCACGGGAGCUGACUUCAUCUCUCUGGGACUCGUGGGUGGCCGCUUGGAGUUCAGGUUUGACGUGGGCUCAGGCAUGGCCACCAUACGUGACCCCAAUCCUAUUAAACUGGGCGAGUUUCACACAGUUGAGCUGUAUCGCAACCACACCCUUGGGUAUAUCAUUGUAGAUGGAGGGGAGCCCAUCAGUGGCAGCUCACAGGGCAAGUUCCAGGGCCUGGAUCUGAAUGAGGAGCUGCAUGUCGGUGGUUACCCCAACUACACAGUCCUCGCCAAAACCGCAGGCAUUAAGACUGGUUUUGUGGGAUGUAUUCGUCAGCUGGUCAUCCAGGGAGAAGAGGUUAUCUUUAAGGAUCUCGACCGCAGCUCUACGGGUGUCACAAACUGUCCCACCUGCAAAGAUCAUCCAUGCCAGAAUGGAGGAAGAUGUGAGGACUCCGAGGCUAGCCUGUAUAAAUGCAGCUGCCUCAGAGGAUUCACAGGCAGCAACUGCCAGCACCACUCAUCUCUGCACUGUCACUCAGAGGCCUGUGGACCAGAUGCUACCUGCAUUAACCGCCCCAGCGGCCUGGGCUAUGACUGCCGCUGCCAUCUUGGCAAGUUUGGAAACAAAUGCAUGGAUGGGGAGCUGGUGACCACUCCACUGUUUGACGGUGAGGAGUCAUAUAUCGCCUAUCCUCCUCUGACCAACAUCCACGAUGACCUGCGUGUUGAGCUGGAGUUCAAACCACUGGAGCGAAAUGGCCUGAUGUUCUUCUGUGGUGGGAAGAAAAUGAAGGUGGAAGACUUUGUAGCUGUUUCUAUGGUGGAUGGGCAUGUGGAGUUCAGAUACGAACUGGGCACAGGCCAGGCUGUCCUUCUCAGUCCUGAGCCAGUCUCUCUGGGCCAGUGGCACAGAGUUGUGGCUGAGCGGAACAAGAGGGCCGGCCACCUGACGGUCGACCAAGGCCCGAUGGAGAGGAAAAUGUCUCCAGGAAAAGCCCAAGGCCUCAAUAUCCACACUCCAAUGUAUCUUGGAGGAGUGCCCAACAUGGACAUUCUGCCUAAACCUGCCAAUGUCAGCGAAAUGUUUGAGGGCUGUGUAGGAGAGGUUUCCAUCAACAACAAGAAGGUGGACCUGUCCUACAGCUUCACCGAAAGCAGAUCUAUUAGCAAAUGUGUAGACAACAGCCCCUGUGACCGCCGACCCUGCCUGAAUGGUGGACACUGCAUGUCUAAUGCUGAGUAUGAGUACCAGUGCCUCUGUAAGGAUGGGUUUGAAGGUGAGCGCUGUGAGGUGGUGAAAGACGUGUGCCAGAGCAACCUUCAGUGCGAAAAUGGUGGUAGCUGUGUGGACGGCCAGUGUGUGUGUACACCCGGGCACACAGGCCUCAACUGUGACGAAAGCCAGGUUUCCAGCUUCCCCGAGGCCGCGUGGAAUUCGGAAGCUAGCGAGGCAAAUGAUUCGCCCUACCAGUAUGCAGCUCAUUUCGACAAUGACGGUUACAUCGCCCUUCCUAAAUCCAUUUUCCCAAGAAGUUUUAGUGCCCAUGACUCACCAGAGACAAUUGAAAUGGAGAUCAACACCAGCUCGCCUGAGGGCCUGAUCCUGUGGCAGGGAGUGGAGACCAGUGGCGCACGCAAUUUGCGAAAGGUGCAUGCUAGUAAAAAGGAACAUGGAGAACACGGAAAAGGAAAGGACUUCAUCAGCCUUGGCCUACAGAACGGACACCUUGUUUUCAGUUACCAGCUGGGAAGCGGGGAGGCAGAGAUUUUGUCCCGAAAGUCCAUCAAUGACGGCAAAUGGCACAAGAUCACAGCAGUCAGAGCUGGGAAGGAAGGAUACAUCCAGAUUGAUGGAGGAGCCACACUACAUGGACAAUCUAAAGGGAAAAGCCUCAUGGUCAACACCAAAGGCAGUAUAUACCUUGGUGGAGCCCCAGACAUGGCCGCUAUGACGGGAGGCAAGUUUUCAUCAGGCAUGACGGGCUGCGUGAGGAACCUGGCGCUGAUGAACGCCCGGCCGGGACAGCAGCCAGCCCAGGCCAUCGACCUGCAGGCCCACGCGGCCCACGGCAUCAACGUGCAGCCGUGCUCUUCAUAGGCGACGCCACGCGCCUGCACACACGUAGACGAAAACACACACACACACACGCAGAGACUAUGGAGUGAUGUCAGACACACACAGCAGACUCACACAGAGAGACUCACACACAUAGAGCCUGACACAAACUUGGUGCUUUGCUGCUACCAAAAAAAAACAAACGGCAAAACACACACACACACACACACACACACACACACACAAUAAACCAAGAUGACACAACAGGAUGUGUUUCUCUGUGCGCAGUAAAACCAAAAAAGACAGAAAAAUUGAAACAAUAUUAACAAGUCUUCUCUUCCUCAGUGUUGUAUUCUCAAUGAAGGACUAUUAACACAGGACAACCAGUACAGUUUACAUACUUCCAGCAGUAGUUUUAGCCAUGAGAAGAGUAAAACAUAUUAGGCCUUCUACAAUGGGUCAGAUCCUAUGGAGUUGGAGAUGUUUUUACAGCACUGAAUUUUUAUUUAUAUACAUAUGAAUAUAUAUAUAUUAUAUUUGUGGGGGAAAACAUGCAAACUAACCAUAACUGCUCUUCAACUUUCCUAGAGUUUAUUCUGGGUUCUAAUACUGUGUGUCCAGGGCUUUUUACAGGCCUAACUGUAUUAAUACUUGAAGACAUUUAGGCCUUCUUUCUUCACUUCUGUAGAGGAACCUUUUUUCUUUUUUUUUCUUUCUUUCUUUCUUUUUUUUCCGCGAGCAUGCUUACAGUCUUUUGCAGAACUGUUGGGAGAGGAGCGCACCCGGUCACAGUCACAUGCAGCUUCAGUACACAACUCAGGACGUCAAAUACAAACGGAUACUCGCAAAUGUUACAAGUACUGCUGCUUUAACUAGGCUUGUAGGCGAAGUCGGUCGCUGUUGUGUGCGCUCUGUCUGUGUUUGUUCUUUUUUUAUGAAAAAGAAAGAAACCUUGGUGCUAAUGUCAGACAUGAAGAUACAGCACAUAGUCAUAUGGUUGCCUGUCUGGCACUUGUAGAGGUGUUUUUUUUUCUUUUUUUUUAGUAAUUUGGUUACUUAGAUGAAAACAACUAUCUAAAGCAGUAUACACAAGUGUCAUUUGUUGAUAUGCAUGGCAUUUGAGGUUGAUUUAAUGAUGAUAUGGUGUGGUUUGUUGCCUCCGCAGCCUUAUGUGAUUGAGUAGAUCUCAAAAAAAAAGGGUUUUUAAGAACUGAAAAGGAUGUAAUUUUUUAUGUGUGAUUGUUGAAGAUAUUGUUUUGUGUGUAAAACUAUCUGCCAGUCAGGUAGAUAUCCGUGUCAAUUGCGAAAGAGCGUGCAUGCGACGCAAAUUUGUUGGUUGCGUGUGUUUCUUUGUUGUUUUUCUUUUCCGUUUCUCACUCUAGGCCACUCUACAUUAAGCCCCAGUAAGAGUCAGGUGUAUGUGAGUGCGUCUGUGUUUGUGUGUGUGUGUGUGUGUCAUCCAUAUCCUCAGGAGGGUCAACCCAGAACUGCCUCAAGGUUUUACUUCAAUUUCAGGUUUAGUAGCUUUAGAGACAUGUCAAUAAGCUAUGAAACUCUGAAGGCUCUGUGGUUCUGUAGGUUGUUUUCUCUGCAGAGGGAGAGUCAUCUGCAGCGGCACACAGUCGGGUUAGCGUUCGGUCAUGUGGGAAUGCAGUGGAAGCCUCCUGCAGGUGCUGUGAUCAGUCGUGUAGCUCUAACAAAGCAUGCUCGCCCGCCUUUUAGCCGACCACACCGCAAAACCACAACGGCACCAUCACUUUGGGGUUCGCAAACCUUUUUUUUUUCUCUUUUUUUGUAAGCUUAAACUAUUUGUAUUAAUAUCCUAAAGUGAGCACUAGCCUUUCACUUAGAGUUGCUUCAGUUUUAUUUAUUUUAUGUUUUUGUUUUCCUCUUUUUUUCAUUGCUUUUUUUUUCAAGGCUUAAUUCUGCUGUUUUAGAGCGAUCACAGAAGCUUGCUAUUUUCUUCGCUCCGGUUACUGUGUAUUGCCUCCCACACCCCGUUGUUUUUCCCCUCUUGUUUGAGUUGGAAUAGGGCCCACCUGGCAACUUCUUUACAAACCACCCCAACAAGGUUCCAUUAAAGGUUAAUAUGUAGUACAUGACUGGAGCUGCCUGGUCAAAUGGAUGGAAACUGUUCUUAUUAUUCACUCGAUGAAAAAAAGUCUUAGGCUCCAAAUGCAUGAAUGCACAGAAUGGUGUCAUCAUGAACAUGUGGACGGAGAACUGAAGCUGUGCUGUCCGGGUUUAGGACAUUAAAGCAAAGAACGAUGGCGUGUGUGCCCCUUGUUGGGCGCCUUUUGUGUAUCUGCUCUUAAACUGGAUUUUCAUGUAUACACUGUCAUAUAUACACUGUCACCAAAUGGAAAUUUACCAAGAAACUGCCGCUGCUUUUUGGUUGGUUUUACACCAUUUCAAAUUAUGAGAGGUGCACUUUUGGUAUUGAUGGAAAGUUUAAUUUAAUUUUUUAAAAACAUCUUACUGUUUUACUUCUGAAUGACAAAAACAGUAACUCAGUUAAAUGAAUGAAAGUGUACCAGAUGAAAAUUGUCUCUGUCAGGAUGACCUGACUGUUCCAUUUCCAGUGUUGAAAAGAUGCUCCCCUUGUCCUUGGUGUUUCUUAAUUAAAGACAAAAAUUCAUGUGCUAUUUGUAA